CUUAUACUCCUAACAUUACGGUAAUAGUUGCUGACAUUGGAGGAAGUGAAGCUGCACUGUGAUGACUAUUGUGCGCGAAAAAUAAAGUGGAAUGAUAAGAAAUGUCAACAUGUCUGAAACUGGUGCUCAGUUGUUUGCGAGGCUUGAAGGACGGCGAUGUUUGAAGGACAUUGAGCCCCAAAUAUUUCCUGAAGAUUGUGGACCAUCACAAGGAGACAUUGUGGAACUGCAUGGCACGGAGGGCACCGCUAAGACCGAGAUGCUGUACCACCUGAUCGUGCGCUGCAUCCUGCCAACCAAGCACGGCGGGCUGGAGGCAGAGGUCGUGUUCGUGGACACCGACUUCCACUUCGACACGCUUCGGCUGGUGACCGUCCUGGAGGCCAGGCUAUCCCAGAAGACCGCGGGGGCCACAAGUGAGAAGCGUCGGAAGGAGGGCGCUGAGGAGGAAGAGGAGGGCGAUGAGGAGACGGUGAAGGCCUGCCUGCGGAGGCUCUUCGUGGUCCACUGUAGCAGCUCGGCACAGAUGCUCCUCAGCCUUCACUACCUGGAGGGCUGGUUCAGCAGUCGGCCCGCUCUGGGCCUGCUGGUCCUGGACAGCAUCUCCGCCUUCUACUGGCAGGACCGCAGCGGCGGCGGGGAGAGCGUGUCCCAGCAGGAGGCCAACCUCCGCAAGUGUGCCCUGCUCCUCGACCGGCUGCGCAGGGACUACGGCAUCGUGGUCUUCGCCACCGUGCACGCCGUCAUGAGGAACUACGGCUCGUCUGACGCAUCCAGUAGCACAGCGCCCAGACCGCCCGAGGCACCUUCACCUUCAUCAUCAUCAUCAUCAUCAUUGUUCUCAUCUUCAAACUCUCGCAGAUGGAGCGCCGUGCUUGACUUUGAUAAGCCGUACCUGUGCCGGGCGUGGCAAAGACUGGUCACCCAGAGGCUGGUGUUCUCCAAGAGUGACGUUCUAAAGGACAGAAGGCCCGUGUUCUCUGUGGCCUGUACCACCACCAGGACGAGAGGAGUGAAGAGGAGCUCGUUCUGUGUAACAGACGCUGGAAUGCAGUUCUUAUGAUUUGGGCUGCUAGUUUAUUUGUUUUCUUACGGCUACGGUUACGGAUUUAUCAUUUUGUAAUGACUAAGGCUACGUUCAUCUUCAUGUGAUUAAGGCAACUGGUUUGUUUUGUUCAGUGGUGACCUUUUUGUUGUUUCUUCUUGUUGUUGUUUGUGACCUUGUUGCUUGUAUGUUUCUUCUUGUUCCAGCUCUGGAAAAAUAUAACAUUCUAGAGAAUUCUAUACAACAUUCUACAUGCUAUCAGUGUGCUUA